GUAAUAACCGCUAUUUUUAGAGGAACUCCUUCAUGACAUUUUGCUUUCGAAAUCGGCAUUGCCUCUUUGAAAGCAUGGACAGUGACGACGUUUAUCUCAUUUACUUGUGAUUGUUACUUUCCUUCUUCAUCCGACGUCCCUACUAGUAUCGACCACAGCAAUGCUGUAACAUCAAGGAGAAGAUCAUCAGUAUCGAUUUGAUUGGGUAGGCUAGUUAGCUCGCGAGCAUUUCUUCAGUUUCCGGUCAACGCUUGAUUUUGGAUAAGAAGAUGCCUUCCCAUAGCAUGAUGUUGCCUGAAGAAGACGAUGAUGAGUUGGCCUGGAUGACCUCAAGAACAGCCACAGCUACGCAUUCGCCAGAACGUGUUCAGCCUCGGUCUAGCAAAGUCAGAAGAACCUAUGGAAGUCGCAGAAGAAACGAAGCUUCCAGGGCAAUCAGCAACACAAAUGAUUUCAAUGACGGCAUCUUUGGAUGCCAAGAAGGAACUGAAACUGCAGAAGAGACUCUCAAUUCCUCCAUGAGCUCUAUGCAGAGUGAUCUGGGCUACGAAAGAGCAUCAGUUUCAUCCUCUUCAUUGCCUUCAUCAUCAUCGGAUGGGGCUUUCGUGAUAAAUGUGGCAGAUCCCAUCAGCACAAGCAGUGUCAGGCCUCCUCUUCGCCCUUCCAAGAAACAGCACAGGAGGUCGAUUUCUGCCUUUGUUCCUCCAGAUAUUCCAAGACCCAAACCGCUCAAGAGAGCAUCAACUAGCACUCAUGACAGUUCUGGCACUGAAUCAUUUCGGUCUGAUUCAUUCAUCCUUGGUUGGAAGGAGAAUGCCCGUCCAGAACUGACAGAGUUUGGAGAGUUACAGGGCCCCCCUAGUGUCAAACAUUCCAGAAAGUUUGUUCGAGGAAAACGGCGAAACUCGAUGGAAACAGGAGGCUUGUCUCCUUUGGCGUUGCGGAAAUCAGAAAGCCUGUCGGCGAUCCGCCACACUUCACAUUCGAACAGCUCUACCAGCCAUAAGACUGGAUAUGCCAAACGACCGGUUUCUUCCCAUCUUUGUAGAAGGAACUCCAUGUCCAGCUUUCCUAGCUCAUCUACAAGCCUCUUCAGUGGUCAAGACGAUGACGUUUCCCUUUCUGUAGUGAAGCGAUUGUCAUCCAGUAGCAGUGAUUCACCAACGGCAAGGUCACCAUUCCCAAUAGAUGCCGCUAGCUCGCCUGCAUUUAGUGUUGCUGCCAGCGUUGGGUCAUCCAGGAAGCGAGGCAUGAGUGAGGAACCAAGUGAAGACGCCGAUGAGAUGAGUUUUGGAGGGGGGAGCAACUCAGCUCCCAGAACAUCAUUUGCAAGCAACAGCGCAUCGCGUUCCUGUGCAGCCAGGAGGCACUCCCCUGCUUUCGAAGAUGAAUGGCAAAACGGGGACACGCUCUUCCCAUUCGAUGCUCGCUUCAACAGCGAUGGAGCAAUGCGCAAGGGAGGCGUCAUGGAUAUUGAGAGCGACAGGGAAGAGGCGUCGGAUGUUGAGGAGGAUGUGUCAAUUGACGAGUCCGAGGACACGGAGGGCAGUGAACCUUCUCCAAUCAAAGGGAGGACAAGAGGUGGAAUUCCAGCUGUAUCAGUCAUUGUCCACAACGAGGAAGAGGUUCUGGCCUGUAUGUCGUCGAUUGCAGACCUCGGAGAGCUCAUCGAGGCGCUCAAGUCGAGAAAAGCAGGUUUUGGUACAGCCUUCCAAUUCAAGCUGCCUGCGACAUGGUCCUCUGAGCGACGGAGUCGGUUCGUCGAAUGGACAGGGAAGAGGCUGGGAUUCAAAAUCAAUCAUUAUGGCAAUUCACUGACAUUCUUGGAAUUGCCACGUUCCCAAGUCCCAAAGAAGUUGGAGCUCUUGGAGGCAUCACUGGCUUUGUACAAGAAACGGGAGCAAGACAGGCCGCAGCACGAAGAGUCACAAGAAUUGACCAGGGACAAUACGCCUCCGAUCAUACUGGAUACAGCCUCAAAUCUUGGGGCUCUACUGGGGAAGCGAACGAAUGCUACAACAGCGCAUGAUCUGUCGACUCGCCUCUCGUGUGGAGAUGCGUCAUUCCUGCCGGACAUGGGAUCACUCUCGCUGAAAGAGAAGAACUAUCCUCCUACAUUGGCUAGGCUGGUUACUUUAGAUGACAAACAACAACGCCCGCUGCCUGGAAGUUGGAAACCCGAAACCAGGAACAAGUGUCGCCUAUCCAUGGACAGCCACACCUCCACAGAAGUGGAUUUCUCGAGGUUCCAUCUCCAUGGUGAUAGUCCAAUGCCUGCUGAGCGGUUUUCAGCAAAAAGGCCACAACGAUUGUCGCUUUCGUCGUUGAAAUCUAACGUAAGCAGACCCGUGGAAGCAACUCCGAUGAACACAGGAAUGGGAUCCUGUUCAUCCAUAGCACCACAAACACCAUUCGACUUUGUCACUACCCCACUGAUGAAACAGUGCCAAGCAUGGGGAUCUCGGCCAAUCGCUGGUAUGGAUUGGGGCUGUUCGGAAAGGUGCGACGGCCGAAUCUUGGCUACGCUAUCAAGCAACUUUCAGGCGUCUCUCGCUGAAGCUGAUCAGCUUGACGCAAGUGAGACUACCUUUGAUGAUGAGAUGUCUCCUCGCCCCCCGUCUAGGAGCGCCAAUAUCUGUCUCGACCUCGAAGUAGAGUGCUGCUCCGAUGACGACGAUGAUGGCUAUGUGGACAGCGACGAAGAAAGCAAGAUACGACACAAGAAGAUCGUGACGAAGGAAUUGACAAUGACAACAGUUGACUUCCGCGACGGUGAACAUGACGACAAAAGUGUUCGAGUAUUGCGUCGAAAAAAUAAAUCUCUUGCCAAGUACAACCGAAUGUCUGCGUGCGCCAUGGUCAUCUCCACCAGCAUUCAACGACGGAAAUCAAUGUUUGACAGGGCUCCGAUAUCGUUUGAUCCGGGAUGCCAUCAGAGAGAUCUUUCCAUGUGCACGAACUCCUUCACCACAACCUCGAUGCAAAGUGCCUUCGAACAACACCCUCUGGCUGAGAUCGUUGAGGAGAAGACCAUUUUGCCCCAAAUCUUCAGCUAUUUGGAAGGACCAGAGCUGUUGUCAACGCUUUCCCUUGUUUGCACAGCAUGGGCUGACGCUGCAACGGAAGCCUACGCCGAACUCAUGCUGGCAUCGGUAGGUUGCUCACCACUUCACGCGAACGAGGAGGAGGGCAGAGAGGAAAUCCAAGGGGAAGCAAACUCCGUUGCCAAGUCGAUGGAACGUUCCUGGAGCUACCUCAUGAGAAACUUUCCAUAUGCUAGUUUCCUUGGCCAGGGAAGUUUCAAAAGCGUGUACAAAGUCAAGAAUUCAGCUCUGAAGGCUCCAGAAGCUGUCUCCAUCAUGGACAUUGACCAUCUGGAGUCAAUUGGGUACAACAAGUUGCUUGGAACCGAACUGGCGGUUUCUGUAAUGUUGGGUUCACUUUCCAGGAGAGGCAUUUGCCCAAACUUUGUGGUAACCCGAGGUGUUUUCACUUGCCCCUACGCCCCUCCCGAAAGCCACUGGGGCUCUGCAGAAAAUCGGAACCACGGGGUGCACAUCAAAACACCCAAAGGAAAGCGCAAACCGAGAGAGCCUGGUGCAAAGAAGAGUGGUCGCUAUCAAUACAUUCGAAUGGAGCUCUGUUCUGGGGGCGAUGCGGAAGAAUACAUCAAAGAUCAACCAGACCAGUUGCUGAAUGUUGAGAUGUCAAGAAUCCUCCUUUUUCAGCUGAGUUUUGCGCUGCACGUGGCUGCCUCAAAGUUCAGCCUGAAGCACUACGAUUUGAAACUCCUCAACGUGUUUCUUCAAGAUGCAACCAAUGUCCCCGGAGCCAACACGUCCGCCACAAGUGAUGUGGUUCUUCGCUAUGGGUUGGGUUCCAAAACUUUUGCAUUGCAGAUGCCGAUCGAGAAUGCACUUAUUGCCAAGAUCGCCGAUUACGGGACUGCAGACAUGCAAUCGGAGACCACGGGCCAACCCGUCACCUCCAACCGAUUCACUACGUUUGAGAAUACACCUCCAGAUUUCCUCAUUCUCGGUAACGCUGCUAAACAAGGUCAUGGUCAUGAUUUGUUUGGGCUCGGGCUCUGUAUGCUUCAUUUAUUCACGGGAAAAGCGCCAUACGAGGAAAUUCUUGAUGAUGUCAAGUGCCCUCCAUUCUUCAAAAAGUCGCUGCGUAAUCUGUGGGAGUCAGAGAAUGCUGUCGGGUAUAGUGUUAUUCAAACCUUGAUUUUCGCUGGCCUCUUCAAGGACGACGAAGGCAAUUAUGACGGGGAACCAGAUGAAACUUUGUAUGAUACUCUCUACAGAUUCUUGGUUCUCUUUGGAAUACCCGAAAAAACUUUUCAACGAAAGGAGUGUGGGAAAGUGUGGAAGGCAAUUUCCGAUUCCUUUUGCAACGAAGGAACAAGGCAAGGAAAGGACUUUCGAACAUUUCAAAGCGACCGCAGGAAGUACUCGAUAUCCAAUGGAAGCAACAAGUUCAUUGAACGGGCCCGGCGAAAUCUUCGCGCAAUUCCCGGUGGCAUGGAAUUGCUGAUGUCGUUGGUGCACUUUGACCCUGACAAGAGGGCAACCGCACUUGACGUGCUCAAUUCUGAAUUCUUUGCUCCUCUUUUGGAGCAACCUGGAGCGCAAUAUGGACCAUGCGACGAUGUACGAAGCUACAUCUCUUUUUCAACUUGAGUUUCGUGUCUGCUGUAGCAAGCUAGCUAGAAUCAGAUGUGGCCAGAUGAUCAAUGGGAAAUAGCACAAAUUACGAGUAAGCCCUACCUUGUCAGCUAGACUUUUUAAAUAGUGUACUGAUGAGUACCGGUACCAGUACUGUACUGUUUUGGCAGCCGCGGCGUUUGUGAAGCAAAUCCAUACUGUAUCAUUUUAGCUAGCUAGCGACACAAACAUCCUGGGCAGUUGUGGAGUGAUUCAUGCAUGUAGGCAUCACAGUCAGCACAAAAGAAGUUGAGACAUUCCGGGCACUGGAACCUCAGAGUCUCAUCCACCUCAUCCUUUUUCACUUUGGCAGACGACACUGCAUCAUUGGUUUCCUCCCCCCCUCCAAAAGCUCGUAGGCAGGCGAAACAGUUGACUUCGGGAGAAGUUGACAGGGACGAGUCAAGCACUAUUCCACCUUGAUUAAAAACUCUUCCAGACGGUGUCGCCGAGGGCACCUCGCUACUGAGAGCCGCUUUUCGUAUUUCCGAUGCCCCCAAAGAGAUUUCCGAGAAGGGCGCGACGGGGAAUAAGUGAUGGAACGAUCGAGCCAGAUGCGGAGAUAGGACCAGUUUCAAGCCACAUACAGCACAAUCGGCUGGCAAUUCAGAAAGCUUAGCCUGACACUGUGGGCACGUAUAAGCCGUUCUUGCCAACAAGGUCGUAUCUUGAGUGGCAUGGACUAGAGUAGGCACUUCCGACGAUGUUCGUGUGGGAAAUCCCAUCUGAACCAUAUCACAGGCGAAAUCUUGUCGUUCUGGGUCAGUCAUAGUUGGCGGAGGGACACACUGUCCCAACAGCCAAUCGCGGAAAUGAGCCUUAUCCAAGCUCACCCCCACCACCCCCGUAGUUUCCUCGGCCAAUUUUCUACAAAUGUGCAUUUCGGCGCUGAUUGCCAUGGUAGAUACCCUCACUUUGGCCGUCUUCAACCGAGGUAGUGUUUCGGUGAGUAGGUAUCCUGGAUCACACGUGGAUAGGGCACCAACUAGAAUGACAAUUUCUCUUGAUCCGUGUCUUGGUUGAUGGCCCAGUGACCUUCCAGCCACUUCAAUUCCAUUCUGGAGGGAGAAUUCGCCACCUCCCGUGGGACCCUCGGAAGCUGCCAUUUGUGCCACAGAUUGCAACGCCAAUUUGUGUGCUUUGGACGAACUGCUCAGUUGCGUCAAUAUUUCUGCCUCGCCGUUCUUAAUAAGAAUAAACCCAAGAUGUGACAAUGGAUUUUGAUCAUAGUACUCUUGGACAAAGUUUUGUAGAAUUUCAAUGGUAACAUCCAGCCGAGUACCUCCUGGAAAGACUGGAUCCUUGACACGCAUCCAGCGACUGGCAUCAAUGAGGACAUAUAGAUAUCGAAUCAUAUCUCGUACAACCCUUCGGUUGCGUUGAGCAUAAUCAUUUUGUUCCAGUCGCUUGCGUCGGCGUCGAAUGGCAUCCGCCACAGAGCCCUCGCCUUCUACAAUGAGAUUCCCGUCAUCAUCUUCACGGACAGCAUUCUGCCAAGCAGCUUGAGAGUCAUGGGAUUCCCACACAUGGUUGACAUCGGUUGGGUUGGGUGGUUUAUUGCCGCCGCCGCCGCUGCUGCUGCCGCUCUUGGGGGCCGAUGCCGAUGAUGCUGUACUGGGAGCUGUCAUGGUCGUCAAUGAUGAUUUGUGUAAGUGAUCACGAUCGAGCGUGUUCGCUCGAUCCCUUCCUCGUCUUCAUGCGUGCAGGUCGGGUUUGACUUGCGAAUUUAGGGUUACGGCUGAUUUUCCGUCAGCGAGAGCGCAACAAAAUCCGUUUGGUUUCCGAACGCUUCGUCACUGGUGUGUGGCAAUCUACUACCUCUAGCUAGCUAGCUAGCUAGCUAGCUAGCUA